AUGCAACAGGCUGCCAAAGCCGAUGUCUCCGGUCCGCCAGCUCCUAGCACGCUCUCUUACGUUAAUACUGAAUCAAGCCCAGGACAUAAAUCUCUUGUGGCUCUCCUGGAGUUCUUCUCCGUAGAACAACGUGACCCCAAAAUACCAUGUUUCAUGAUGGACACAUAUGUGAAGAACAAAGACUUCUACGGAAGACAAGAUGUUCUAUGCAAACUUGAUGACUGUUUUCUCCCUUCAAAAGAUACGCUGCCAUCUUCGCAACCCGAUCAAAUACGCGUGGGAAUAUUAUGCGGCAUGCCUGGUUUAGGGAAAACAGAAAUCGCCAUGGAAUACGCGUUUACUCGCAAAAGGAAAUUCGAUGCGGUUUUUUGGAUCCGAGCCGAUGAUGUGUCCAAGCUUGAAUCAGACUUCGCCCAGAUCGCUAUCAAAUUAGAAAUCCAGGACCCUAGAGAGCCAGAUGACAAGAUCAACAAUAAAGGGCUCGCAAUUGAAUGGCUUUGCAACCCGUUUAAGACAGACCGUGGUACCGGGCAUCAAUUGCGAGCUUCCUGGCUGGUUGUAUUCGACAAUGCUGACGAACCUGACAUCCUGGCGCCAUAUAGUGAAAUCGCUAAUAGCGGAGCAGUCUUGAUCACCAGCCGCAGCCCCCUCGCGAGGACAGCCUUCUCGCAACAUGCGAUCUCUGUCGAUGUCCAGCCGUUUAAUUUUGAAGAUUCUGGAUUGUUUGUUCAAAAGUUUACAGGGAUCCAGGGUCGACUUGAAGAAGCAAGACAGGUCGGUGAUCGACUAGGUGGGCUGCCACUUGCGCUCGCCCAGAUGGCUGGCAUAAUUAGGCUCGACUUUUUAACCUAUACUGAGUUCAUGAGACUUUACGAUGCUGGUGAAAUCCACAAGAUGGAGGUUCAGCCGCCCCAGGUGCCAGCUCGUGGUAACGUGUCAACAGUCUUGGAGAAGCUAUCAGAUGCUGCCCGAGCGAUUUUAGAAAUUUCAUCGUUUUUGGACCCAGACAGUAUUCAGGAGAGGAUCUUGGUGAGCCACGCUACUAUUAUAGAUAUGCCCUCGUAUCCUGAGCAACCGGUUCCCUUUUUCAAUGCUCGGAAGCAACUGAUCGGGUCUUCCAUUUUUCGUCAUAAUCAGGAAACGGCUGAGUAUUGGAUGCAUCGUGUUACGCGAGACGUUGUGCGUGUCCAAAUUGAACCUCAGCGGCAACGAAGGAUAUUUUUAAACGCGGUCACCAAGGUCGCAGCGGCCUGGCCGGUUGGAGAAGUUGAGAGUCAUGAUGUCAACCUAUGGGAGGAAUCCAAAGCACUCUACCCGCAUGUCAUCAGCCUGGAGGACGCGUAUAAGAAACACUUCAAGCAUGAGGAAUAUGUUGAUGGUGACUUUGAAUUUGCUGGGCUUCUCAAUCGCGCUGGAUGGUACCAACACGAACGCGGCGAAUCGCCGAUUAUAAAGCCUUUAUUGGAACUGGCCCUAGAACUUUGCAAUCGUAGCAAAGAAAUCGAUCACCAAGACUUGGAAUCCGACAUCCGGCACACACUUGGUGCAGUCGCCAGCGGGACAAACGACGCAGCGAGCAGCAUGGACCAUAAUAAAAAGGUCCUUGAGAUACGCUUAAAUAUAGCAGAGAAACUGGGAGCAGUGGACGAGAAACUCGCCAGCGCUUAUAACCAGAUGGGUAUAUCAUGGAUGAUGGCUGGCGAAUACACAAAGGGAGAAGAAUCUUUUACGACGUCUGCAAAGGAGUACGAGAAAAUCUCGGAAUACACCAAAGACAAGCGUUCCUUGGCACUAGUAAAUCUUGGGACAACGAAGUGGCUCCAGGGUGACUUCACACGGGCAUCUGAAGUGCUAGAAAUGGGCCUCGCAGAUCGAGAAGAAGUUUAUGGGGCCAUGGACAGCCAUUGUUUCAGGACCGGUCGCUUUCUCCACGCACUUGGAAACGUACGGUUCUCUCAGGGUCUAAUCAAGGAGAGUGAAAAUUUCCAUCGACGGGCCCUUCAGCAAUACCAGUCAACCAUCCGCAACCGCCAUCAUCGAACUGCAGAUGUCUGCCACAAAGUGGCCCAGCAUUGCCUCCGCAACGGGCUUCUUGACGAUGCCAUCGGAUUUAUCGAUCAGGCCCUCAAGAAUUGGAGCGUCGAUUCAGCAACAUAUGCUCGGGAGAUAUCGCGGACUUCAUAUCUCAAGGCCAAGGUGCUUUCAGAAGCUAGGCAAGAGGAUGAGGCAAGAAAAUUGCUACAAGAGGCGGCAUCCAUGCGGCACAAGAUCACGGGGGUGGAGAGAGACGGCAAGGACCUACGAGAGGAAGACUUCGACGAACUAGUCACAUUCUGGUCUAGAUAG